GAGCAUUUGUAGGAUAAAGGCGCCUUCCCCCACUGAGGGAGGAGGCGAGCGGUUCGUUGGAGACACUAGAACUCCCAACCUUGCCGUUAUAUUGCCUGGCUCUCACCUAUCGCUAUACCCUUCUUCAUUUUUAACACAUGGUGCCAUUGGCUCAGGAGGGGAAUCCUCCUUUCUCAGUCAGCUUCAGCUCAGCAUGGCAGAUGCUGGGGCCAUUCCAGAUUGGAACAAGAGAAGCAACGUGGGGAGCGGAUCCUCUAGAAUUCUUCGGCGGGUUCCGAAAUCUACAAUACGACCAAGAAGCUCGAUUCCGAAGCUCCCUCGCCAUAAGUGGGACCGUGGGAUGGUCUUUGCUUGAGGGAGAGACUGUGAAUUCCAACGCUUUCGGCUCAUCUGUCUCCCUGGCAGUCAAUUUUGGGACCGCCGGAGUACCGCUUCAAAGCAUAUAUGGAUGGGCUGCCCUGCAGUAUCAAGCAUGGGCUCGGGGCCAAUUUUCUACCGAUACCGAACAGGAUUGGCCCCUGAUUGUGUACUCCGACUCCAUCCUCGAGUUCUGGAUUGAUGGUGUGCAUUACUUCGGCGGAGACUUCUACUCUUUUCGCAAGGCACCUCCUGUGAUUCGUCUCGGCCCUGGCGAGCACACUAUCGAUGUCCGCCUCGUGUAUGAUGUGAGAGUUGGAGAGGCGAACUUCAACAUCGCGAUUGAGCUGGCGAGUGGGUCGUUGGAGGUCGUUUCCAAAGGUAUUGUAAUGGCGGAUGUAUUAGACGGGUCACUCGCAAGUUCGUUGGCAUCAGUCACUGUCCGAAACAACAAAGCUCAGGAUCUUGAGAUCUUGAGUGUAGAGCCAGCUCUGAAUGACUCUGCUACAACCGUGAUGCGGAAAUCUAGCGUCGUCAUAUCCGCCGGACAAACCAGACCAAUACUCUUCGAUGUCACACUAGGUGACCCGAGUACUCCAUCCAUUGGAAUUCGCAUACAGUACCGCCAAGUCAAACCUGCCAGCUUUCCGUCUUUUCUAGAAGUCUCUCAGACACUCACUCAUCGUUCAAUCUAUGAGCCACACAAGAUUACCUACCUCCAUCCAGGUUCUAUUCUGUCCUAUGCUAUGUUAAGGCCACCCUCCAAAAAGGCGAUUCAAGGUUCCAACAAGAUAUCAACCUUUCCCAUACUUUUGGGACUGCAUGGAGCUGGAGUCGAGGCAGAUAAUGAUAUGGUGGCGCAUGCUCUUGACCCUGUUCCAGAUCUCAAAACUUGGGUUCUCUUCCCUACUGGUGUGACGCCGUGGAGUGGGGAUGAUUGGCAUAACUGGGGUUUUGCGGAUGUAGAGGCUGCUGUCAACUACAUCCCCAAAUGGGUUGAAGCUGUGGAAUGGCAAGGCCCUGGUGCUGAUAUUGAUCGUUGGCUUGUCAUGGGGCACUCGAAUGGUGGCCAAGGGGCCUGGUAUACAUUGACUCAUCGACCAAGCAAAGUCAUCGCCGCUGCCGCUCUCUCCGGAUAUUCAUCUAUACAAAACUACGCCCCAUAUGUUCUUUGGCAGCCCAUGGACCCGCAACGCUCUGCCAUUCGCGACGGCACCUUGAAUAGCUACCGCCACGAACUGCUCAUGGAAAACUGCAAAGGCAUCCCAAUCUUGCAGCAGCACGGUGCACUGGAUGACAACGUACCAACGUAUCAUUCUAGGCUUCUCAGCCAGCUUCUACUCCAAGCUAACGGAACUUCUCGAUACUACGAGCUGCCAGACAAGGGUCAUUGGUUUGAUGGCAUUAUGACCACUCCACCCCUAAUCGAUUUCUAUAACGAGCAAACAGGUAAGACGCUUGGGGAUCAAGAAUUGCAAUCAUUCAGCCUGGUCGUGGGAAGUCCCGCGGACACAGGCUCGAAAGGAGGCUUUCGGGUGACCCAACUUGAGACGCCUGGUCAGUAUGGCAAAGUAGACGUCGUGUUCGAUGAAGCAACGGCAACAUACCGAGUGACUACCUCGAAUGUGUUGAGCCUGGAAGUUGACGACCGGCGGUUUCCUUCUGGGCUUUUUCUGAUCAUAGACGGUCAAGACUAUCAUGAGCUUGGUGGACCGUUACGGCUUCAGGAAGAUAAAGUCGAUCUUUGGAGAGCUACAGACGGGCAAUGGAAGGUCGAUAAUAAACAGCCCAAUCUCCUGCUCCGCAGCGGCCGGCAACUUGGGGCUAUGGACGCCAUACUACGAACGUCUGGCCACUUUUCCAUCCGAUACCAGCGCAGUGAGGCCUCGGGUAUAGCACUUCAGAUCUCCCGCAACCUCUACCAAUACUUCUCUGCCGACGCCGCCAUUGUGGAAACUAGAAAGCAAACGGAUCACGCUCCGGGCAAUGUCAUCACUGUUGGCAUUGGCGGCGAUGUGCAUGCUGGCGCCCAUCCCUUCUUCCCCAUUGAACUGUCAUCGUCUGGCCUGUCGAUUCGAGAGCCUGGCGGCCGGAUGAGGGAGCAUGGCGGUGGAGGGGGGCUGUCGGCCAUCUUCUUGCGUCCUCUACCCGACGAGCGGCUCGAGCUAGUGGUGUGGGGAGUGAAUAAGGCGAGCCUGGCCGUUGCGGCUCGGCUCGUCCCGAUGCUGACCGGCGUCGGGCAGCCGGAUUUUGUGGUGAUGCGGCAGGACUGUCUGUGGAAGGGGGUCGAAGGUGCAGUGGCGAUGGGCUUCUUCGACCACGAGUGGAAUGUCACGAAGACGGCCGUCUUGCGCUGAGGGCCCUGUAGGUUGGUGAAGUGGAAUAGCUGCCCGUAGACAUAAUCAAUUACACGGUAAGGGUGCAGCGAGCCCGUGGUGACGUCGUUGGCCGCCCGCACGGCGCGUCUUGUUGUUCCGGAUGGAGGAUAAAUAUCGCGUCUCGCCCUCCACCUGCUUCCUUCCGCACCCACAACACACACGCUCCUUCAUCGCCCACACUCCUUGACUCUCUCGAUUUUGCCUU